AUGAUGUUCAAAUCAGGUGUAAUCGGUGCCAUUGCAAUCGCUCCGCAUGUGAAAGUGAUUCAUUGCGAGGAUGGAAAUGCCGAUAUCGUCACACCAGAUUCUGGUUCCUCUAAUCGUCACAUCGUUCUUGAGGACUUCUCCGGCUUGCUUACGAUCGAUAUGAUGAUGAUCCUGGAUACAAAUGAAGGUAUGGCAACCAUGGCCACUAUUCAGAGACCAGCCUUGGUCGAGAGCGAUGACGACAAAGAAGAAGAAGAAGCCGCUGUGGAACAAGGCAAAGACAAGAAAGCUGCUACUCGUACUCGGCCUCCAAUUCAAUGCAAUGGCGCAAUCGGCGCCCUUCGUAUCAUUCCAUAUGUGAACGUCAUUGAUCAGGAGGAUGGCAAAGCCGAGAUCUCCACACCGAGAUCGGGUUCUUCUCAUGGUCAGAUCGUGCUUGAAAACUUCACUGGUGCUCUUACGGUCGAGACGAUUGUAGUGAUGGACCCACAUGAUGUACAGACAACGACCAUUAUUGAGAGGCCAAUCUUGGUGGCGAGCGAUGACAACGAAGGAGCCACAGCUAUGAAGCAAGGCAAUAGAGGGAAGAAUGGUCGGAAGAAAACUUCCUCUGGUACUCCUAUUGAUUCAAGUGGCGCUGCAGAUAGCGUCAAGAAGCCCCCUGCUUUACCAACCUUGGAGGAAAGCGAAGACGAAGUGUCCAUUGUGAUGGGCAAUGUCGACAGUGAACCUGCCAAUCCAGACGGCAACGACAUGUCCAACAGUGAAAUUGAGGAUGAUGAAGAGGAAGCGACAAAUUAUGAUACGAUGAAGCGUCCCGAACUCUGGGCGGUUUACAAAGCCCGACUUGGCAGACAGCCCCAAAAACUCAAGAUGCGUGAAAUCGUAAAGAUACUCCGUGCGUAUGACGAUGCUGACAAGAUCAAGAACGCCGAGAAGGAGAAUCAUGUCAAUAGCGUGGUGAAUUGA